UGGAGAAUUACAGGAUAACAUUAGCAAUAAUGUAAAACUGUCGGUUGGCCAAAUAAGAUUUAAAUCCUACAAUAUUGCCAUCCAUUUGUGAUUGAAUCUUAUACUAAUAAAAAGUUUUGUCUGCAGCGAUACAGGUCCUCUGUUUCCUUCAUUUGUUAUCUUGAUAUGCUGAUUAGGUGUGAGCAAAGAUUAAGCAAAUUGGCCCCGAUGUUGCAUGUCCCAAAAUAGCCCUCCAACGCUACUGAGAGGCUUUGACUAGCGCUCGGAGGAAUAACGGAUGCACACUUUCUGUUGUUUAGCCGCUAUAAUUAAGGUGAAAUGUGAGAUAUACACCACCUCACAAUAUGAGCAACACACCCGUCCAGGAAGAGGCCCAGGAGCCACCUGCUCAGGAAUUGUCCGCCGGAAGUGGGCAGACUUUACCCUCCCGACCCUUACAGCCAACCUCUGACCACUCAUCUUCUAAAAGAGUAUGUUUCUACAAAAGUGGUGACUAUAAAUUCGGUGGGCAUCGCAUGGUGAUCAAUGCCCGGACCUUCAAGACAUUUGAUGCUCUACUAGACGCUCUGUCCAAAAAAGUGCCACUGCCAUUUGGAGUGAGGACCAUCACCACACCUCGCGGAACCCACCUGGUCAAGGCUUUAGAUGGCUUGCAUGAUGGGGGAUCUUAUGUGUGUUCUGAUCAGAAACGGGUGAAGCCAUUUAACCUGGAUGAAGUGAAACGGCGGCAGGUACCAUGGAACACUACCAGACCCUUCAGCGCAGGGCGGCAAAAACGUCAAGGACCCCAGUUUGGCAGAAGGAAUGAAGUCACCACCAAGAGACCAGCAAAUGUCACUGACAGGGUGGCACUACGGACACCAAAGAGGCUUGUGGUCAUCCGAAAUAGGGAUCCUACUGUUAAACGCACAAUUGUGUUGCAGAGAAGAACAGCACCAACAUUUGAUGCUUUACUGGAUUACCUUUCCCAAAUUCUGCAGUUUCGAGUGCUGAAAAUCUUCUCUACAGAUGGCAGAAGAGUCGAUAGUCUUGCAGGACUUAUCCUGUGCUCUGGAGUUAUUGUGGCAGCGGGCAACGAGCCAUUCAGAUUAGGAAACUACAGUUUUCAAGGAGCGGGGCAGAUGGCACAAGUAAUGUCCAUGGAUACUGUGGAACCAUCUAUGUUGCAGCCCAGAACUCAGAACAACAAAUCUUUGUCGAGUGGAAGAGGCUCAAGGAAUUUUUCCCUAUCAUCAGAGAGACAUAUUGUCAACCAGAUAAAAAACUCUCGAAAUGGAAGCCCGAACGGCCACCUGCUUCACCACAACGGAUCAUCAACAGAGUUCAACCAUCGCCAGAAAUCAAUGGAGACACAUGGAACCGGGCAGAUAGAUAACGAGCAUCUAGCUGACAUUGUACCUCAGGACGAUGACAUUGAAAAGUCUUUCCGUGUGAAUCAAGAUGGCAGCAUGACAGUGGAGAUGAAAGUUCGUCUGACCAUUAAAGAGGAGGAGAUGCUCCACUGGACUACAACACUCAGCCGCUCCAGCCUUAGCAAGGGGACAGUUUGUGCCUCAAUAUCUGAGUCGGGCAACAGCUCCCUUGACUUUAACAACGCCGCUGCCAAAGAGUCCUCUAGCUUAAGUGAAAAUGAAACAAAAGUGGAAAAUCAUCCUGGUGGAGCCAGAAAUGGCAUCUGCUUUAACGACGAGCGGGCAAAUGAGGGUUACACUUCCAUGACCUUGGGAAAAGAAAAAACUGGUUUCAAGUGCACUCCUACGCCAGGUCCUCGGCAAGUUACAAAGAAGGUAUCUGUUGAGAGUGUGAAGACAGUGAGAGAGUCAGGGGUUCAGAAGAGCACACUGGGACAUUAUUCCUACAUGGAGAGGACGGCUGGCGGUGAGACAACUGAUGGAUACUGUGUUGUCAAACACAGCAGCAGCAGUAGUAGCAACAACAGGCCAAUCCCAAAACCUCGGAAAACAGCAUCUGUUAGGGCAAGCAACAAAGGCUCCCACUCCUCUAUCAGUUCAUCAGGAGUAGCUGAGGUCCUUCAGAUACAGAAUAACGGGAUGGAGGUUACAGAGACGGUGAUGCAUAUUUAUGAGAGUCAAGGCUGCUACGACAACUAUUUUGCAAAUGAGAAACAUAGCGCAGAUGGUGAACCUUCGCAAUGUUCCACUCCAGUGCCAGAAAGUAAACCAUCCAUUGACUCAGCGCAGCGUUCAACCAGCAAUGACUGUGAUGUUGAUUUUAGCUGUCAGCCACACACAACUGACUCGCUACAAAGACAGAAAGAGGAAAUGUUAUCAUUGUCAUCAGAGCCAACCCCAACACAUGACAUCACUGCAACAAACUCCCAAAUACAGGAGACAGUAAGAAAAGACAAAACUAAACGCGAAUCAAGGAAAAAGAUGAUUAAACCCGCUCGGAAUCCGAAGAGUUCAACUUCAACAAGCAGCUCGAUAAAAAAACAAAAGGAAAGCAUUGUAAGCCCCUCAAAUAUUAGCAAACAUUCAUGUCCAGACAAGCUCGGCAGCAAUGCCAGUGUGGAAAAAAAGGCUUUAAGUUCAUCAGAAAGUGCUAGAAGUGGUCAAAAGAGUAGGGGAGCAGAUAAGCCUCAAAUUAAGAAAGUGAGUACCGAUGAAAAGACACCCAGGAAAAAUGAAGCCUUAAAAAUGACUACACCUAAGAAACCAAACGUGAGUAAAGCAUCUGCUAAAUAUAAUGGCCAUAAUGUAAAUACUCCAACUGGAAGGCCUCAAAUGAAGAAGAACAUGUCAGACAUUUUACAACCCAAAAAAUCCCUUUAUCCUGACAAAAAGACAAUUAUCAAGCCCAAAGUCAUGACUGGGAACAGAAUACCAUCACCUCAAAAGUCUUUACAGUUAAGUGAGAGUUUUUCAAUGCCCUUACUCAAUCCUUCACCCUCUGAAAUCCACCAAUAUGUUGAGAGCUGGUUGGAGAAAGUCAGCCCAGACCCAGUGCCAUACAUUGAGGAGGCCAUCACAGCUGAAUCAGAGCCUCAGACAAAAGUUGUUUUUCAGAUAGGCGGUGAUUCUGAAUUAGAUGAAAAUAGUGAAUGCCAACCUCAUCAGGAUGAGCAUUACCCAUCGCCCGGCGAGGCUGUCAAGGCGUCAGCGUCCUGUCUAUCAGUACCUCAUUGUCAUGGAACUCUGCUGCACAACGAACGAUUUGCAAGAGGUUUAUGUGCUUCAAUGCCGAGUGUCAGAGACAACCCUGUGCACUUGGAAAACAGACUGAGGCCACACAAAUCUGCAGAGACCAUCGUUGCAGCUGACAACGAAGCAUCUUCAUCUAAAUCCAACAUUUUGGAUUCAAGAGCAAAGAUAAAACCGGUCCUGCGGGAACUUUAUUCAUCUAUUCACUGUAUCAGAAGUGCAUCUGAAACCAACACAACAUCCAACCUGGAGAAGUCCAACAGCCUUCCUGAUUUCUCAACCCAAGUGGCAUCAGUGUUGGGCUCGUCAUGUAAAGCCUUUGUGUCAUUCUUAUCAGUGAUGACUCUGCGAGAUAACCUAACAGGAUCUGCGGCGGGAGACUGUAUCCAAUCAAGAAGCCCCUCAGAGACCAUGCUGAUGGUGGAAUCACUGCAAAAGAUUUCUGCCAUCGAGGACGAGGAGGAGCUGAGGGCAAGUUUGACGGAACUACAGAGCAGAGCAUCUUCUCAGUUCAGAGAACGCUGGAAAGAUUUCCAGAUUCUGAGGGAAAGGCUUGACAGUGAGCCGCUGUCUUCCAAAGUUUCAGAAACAGAAUUUGCCUUGGAUCUUUUCUCCGAAGGGGGGGAUGCAUUUGAGGAUCUUGACGAGCUGAUGGAUGAGCUGAAUAUGCCGCAAGACCUCAGAGCAGAGAUUUCUUCAACAAUCCAUCAAGCUAAAAGUUUUUACCCUGUAGAGGACAGCACUUUUGUAGAAACUGAAAAAAACCAAUCGGACUCAGAGGAAGAUGUGGAAACAUUUGUUGAAGAAUGCAAUAAUGAAACAAAACAAUCACUUGAGCCUGAUAUUACCUGCGUGGCUGAGGACACUGCUCAAACAAAACAGGAUGAUGAUAAUGGUGAGAUAGAUAACUUAAAGAAAUUGCAAUCUGUGUAUACUCAACAGGCCAAGAUGACGACCGAGUCAGAGCAAGAACCUGAUAAAGGAUCAGAAAAAUCCAAAACAGAAAGAGAUGAGUCUGUAACAGAGCCAGAAAAUGACGAAGGUAGGAAGGAAGAAGGGAAACACAUAGAGGAUAUGGUGGUGAAUGACAGAGAGGAUGGACAUACAGAAGAGAUAGUUUAUGAUAAUGAUAAUGGUGAUGGUGAUGGUUGUGGUGAAGAGACUGAAAAGGCAGAAAAGGAAGAUGCAGAAGAGGGGGCACUGACAGAAGUGGAUGUUAAGGGAGAGGAGGAAUCAGAAAAAGAAAAGGGAAGUGUAAAAGAGGAGGAGGAAUCUGUUCAGGAAGUAGAUGGAGGGGCAGAGGGACACAUGACAGUGGAUGAAAAAAUGCAGAAAUUAGAAGAAGCAGAGGAGGGAUUAAUGGAUGAAGAAGUUCAACAAGCAAGAGAGGAUGAUAGUGUCGAAGAGACAGAUGAGAGAGAGGGUGUUGAGGAGAUAGAAGAAGGGGAGUAUGAGGUUAUUGAGGAGUCAGAUCAAGGAGAGGAAGUAGAAAAUAUUGAAGAAGUAAAAGAAGAGGAGGAGGAGGAGGAAGAAGACAAAGUAGAUGAGGUUAUUGGGGAGCCAGAUCAAGGAAUGAUAGUAGGAAAUAUCGAAGAAGUGGGGGAGGAAGAGGAAAAAGAGGCAGAUGAGGUUAUUGGGGAGACAGAUGAAGGAGAGGAAGUAGAGAAUACUGAAGAAGUUGAGGAGGAGGAAGAGGAAGAUGAAGAGGAAAAAGAAGCAGAUAAGGUUAUUGGGGAGACAGAUGAAGGAGAGGAAGUAGAGAAUAUUGAAGAAGUUGACGAAGAGGAAGAUGAAGAGGAAAAAGAAUCAGAUAAGGUUAUUGGGGAGACAGAUGAAGGAGAAGAAGUAGGGAAUAUUGAAGAAGUUGAAGAGGAGGAAGAGGAUGAAGAAGAAGAAGCAGAUGAGGUAAUUGGGGAGACAGAUGAAGAAGAGGAAGUUGAUAUUAAACAAACGGAGGACAAAACUGAGGUGGUUAGUGAGGAAGACAAUGAGAAAGAAGACGAGGAAGAAGAGAGAGAACAAGAGGUGGGGGAGGAUGGUGAGAAUGUUGAGGUUAUACAUAUAAAAGAAAGGGGGACUACAGAUGAGGAAGAGGAAGACAGUGACAUUGAUAAGUAUAUAGAAGAGGAAGAAAGGUGCCACGAGGGCGAGGAGAGCAGGAAAGAACUCGAGAAAACAGUUUAUAGUCUUGAGGAAGAACCAGAAGAAGAUAGAGAAGUUGUAGAGGAGGUUGUAGAAAAUGUGAAAACAGGGCAAAUGCUAAAUGAAGAGGAGAGGGAAGAUGAUGAAGAACACAAAAGUAAUGAGUUCAAUGAGGGGUUUGGUGAGGAUGAAGAGCAAGAAUCAAAGGAUGGGGUACAGGAAGAAAAUGGUAGUGAUGAUGCGGACAGUAUAACGAGUGGUACAGGAGGUAAAAACCUACUAGAGGAGUCCCACAGGCAGAGUAACUGUGAAGAAGCAAAUGGAGAAGCAAAGGCAGCAGAUCACAACACUAUAUCAUCAACCAAAUAUUCCUGUGAGGGUCAGUGUGAGGAUGAUAAAGGUAAUGGAACAGACACUGUUAAUGAACUUGAAACACACGAGGGAGAGGAGCCUCCCGAGGAAAGAAGCAACAGUCUACAACAUCCAGGGGAAAUAUCACAGGAAUUACUUGACUUUGUUAACUCUGCCCUGCAGUCCUCUUCACUUAUAUUCACGUACGACACUCAAGGGAAAAUCAGGAUAGAGCCAGAUAAUGCUCGAGUUACAAAAACUAAACAAAUUGUUAUUCCAAAAAGUAGACAGGAUGUUUCGUACGGAUUAAAGCGUCUCCCGAGCCCGAGCACUUCAGAUUUGUCUGAUUACAGGCCAGAAACAUCGGAGAGUGGGGGAUAUAAAACUCAGGAGUCGGUAGAUAUUGUAACUGAGAGUGGGGAAGAGGGUUCUCCAGUCUGCAGAUAUAAGACCAACAUCCCUAAUAGGAGAACAAAUGUGGAGCGUGCUAACUCCAAACUGUCUGUUGCAACUUAUACAGAAGUCUUUCAAAAUGCCCCAUUCAAAAGUGGAGGUAGUUUCUCUUCGAACUCAGACACAAAAGCCUCAAAGGAGGAUCUGUCUUAUUUCAGUGCUGCGAGCUCACAAAAGGCAGAUGCCGAACCUGCCACAGAGACCACACGGAGCACUGCUUUCACCCCAGAAAAAGACUCAGCUGAUGGGGUUCUGAUCGACCAAGGUAGAUGGCUGCUCAAGGAGAAUCACCUUAUCAGAAAAUCACCACCAGUCUCCCUGGGAAUGUACAGUCAUUUAGAUGGCACAUCUACAGAUACAGGUCAGGCGAACUCUAGCGAAGAUUCCCCAUCGCAUUGCAAAUCCCACCACUACCCUCUUGAAGCCCUAUCCUCAUCAGAGCUUGAGGAGAUGGCAAAGCCUCUAACUCCAAAGUGCACCUACUACAACAUGCCACAUGGAAGUGAUUCUGACCCCUUUUUGGACGAUUCCAGUGUCAAAAGUGGGAAAAAAGAUGCAAGCAGUGUUAAAGGGAAGGGUUUCAGGGUGUCACCUAUGAUUGAUACAUCUAAAACCUGGGCAAGUAAAAAUGGUAGUCUGUCUUCAUUUGCAUCAGUUGAGUUUAAAAUUCAAGAUAGAAAAGUGCAUCCUGAGGGGGAGUCCUCAGCAAUGGCAAAUGCAAGACAGACAUCUAGUGGAGGAGGACGUUCACUGCAAUCACAAGACUCCCUUGACACGCUACCUGUGAGAUGUGGCCAAUACUGCCCCAUAUUAUAAAAGCAGGACAUUUAUUUUAUAGAAAUAUUCACACACACUGGUCCUGUGUGUGCUGUCAGUCUUGGCUAUGAUUAUUUUGUUGUAAUGCAGCUAGAAAUGAUUUGUGUUUCCUCAAAUAAUCAUGAACAAAAACUUUUCUUACAGCCCCACCGGACCUACAGACAUUUGUGGGGAUUGAAGAGAGUUGUGCCUCUAAUUCAUGUUUGAACAAAAUCAAAAAUAUACGUUUACACACA